AUGCUUUCACCUCAUUAUCGCCAUCUUCUUUCGACUUUGUGCGUGCUGCUUUGCGGAUCAGUGGCUAUCCAAGCAACUCCGUUGCUGGAGCUUGAUCCGCGGGCCGACAUAUCAUCUACACUAGGGCCCAAAUUAUCGCCCGGGGCUCAAAUUAUUCUAAAAGGAUCACCUGAAUUCGUCAAUCAGACUAUUCGAUGGACGACCUUGGGCGCGCCCACGUAUCAAGCAGCCGUGGAGGUUGUAACCGAACAAGAUGUGGUUGAGACGAUGAAUUAUGCGAUUCAUAACAACAUUAGUUUCCUAGCAUCAUCACCACGCCAUGGCUACUCUUUGACUCUGGCAUCCAUUGAGAAUGGCAUUGAGAUUGACCUCAAAAACUUCAAUCAAAUCCACGUCGAUGCCCAAGCGAACCAGUUGACUACCGGCGGCGCAGUCAUUUUUGAAGAUGUGAUUGAUGCGCUCUAUGCUGCGGGCAAGGAAAUGCCGACCGGCUCAUGUUCCUGCGUUGGCUUGAUAGGAGCAACGCUUGGAGGUGGCGUCGGUCGACUCCAGGGCCUGCAUGGCUUGAUUCUCGACUCUCUGCUCUCUGUCAGAAUUGCACUCGCAGAUGGCUGUGUAGUAACUGCGUCCGAGACGGAAAAUGCGGACUUGUUCUGGGGCAUCCGCGGAGCAGGUCACAACUUUGGGAUUAUUCUGUCUGCAACCUACAAAAUCUACGAUCAAGUACCACAGGGAAAGCAUUUCAACGCAGACUUCAUCUUCGCUGCAAAUAAGACAGAGAGCAUGUAUACCAUGCUCAAAGGCCUUGCUGCAAACCAGCCGCCUGAGCUUUCAGCUCUUGUUUUGUUCAAUUGGGACAAGGAUUUCAACCAGACUGUCAUUACUGUCAACGCCGUAUACGCCGGUCCCGAAGAUGCUGGCCGCGCAGCCGUGCAACCCUUUGUUGACCAGGGACCGCUAGUACAAAACUUCACCGUGGUGCCGUGGAAUAAGUUGAUCCAGACAGCUGGCUUUGGCUUCACUGGCCCGGCGAUUUGCGAAAAGGGCAACCGGCGCAGCCAGUGGGCGGCGGGCGUCAUAAACAUUGAUCCACCAACAUACGUCAGCGUGCUGAAGCAGUUUGAAGAAAUGAUUACAGAGUAUCCUGCAGCCAUUGAUAGCUCUGUCGAUUUCCAGCUCUUGCCAAACCAGGCAGCCGUUGCCGUGCCCGAUGACACCACAGCCUAUCCAUAUCGCGACUUUAUCGCUCAUGCACUCCUCGAGUUCAAGUACACCACAUCAGCUCUCGAUGACGCCAUUACUGGGUACGCUCAGCGCAUGCGAGCCACAAUGGCCGCAACCGCAGGCACGGGCGGACUCGAGGUUUAUUCGAGCUAUUCUCACGGCGACGAGACGCCUCAGCAGCUCUACUCUGCGCGCAAACUCCCGCGCUUGGAGGCGCUGAAGAAGCAAUACGACCCGCUCGGCGUGUUCAGCCAUUACCAUCCCAUUCCCUUGUCAUAG